AAAUUUUUGCGGAUCGUGGUUUGUUUCAUCGUCUUCGAAACGAGCUUUCACUUUUUGCUUUUCUACAACUUUUCUUCGUUGCUUUUUGUCUUUUCUUUAAUCUGACUUGUGCAUUAAGUAUAAGUAUACUAAACAUGACUUUAGGAAAGUCUCGAUAGUGUAGUACUACUGAAACAACAUAUAGCUUCCACCAAAGAAUACGAGCGCGUUUGUUUACAAAUAACGAAAAGACAUUUAAAUUGUAGACAAAUCUGAGUCUUUGUUGUAUUUCGUUUUGGCUUUUUGUUUAUCCAUAAUAAAGAUUCAUUUGAAAAAUUUAUGAGAAAGGAGUCUGCAAAUUUAGAGCCACGGUCUAGGAAGAGACUCUCUAAACGCGAAUGUUGAACAAAUCCGAUCUUAAUUUUGAAAAGACUAAUAAAGAUGGAGAUCUUCCAGAGGAAACGGUUCCAAAGCCGAGAAAAAGUUACGGUACGGAGAUAAACCGUAGAAUGCCUCCUCGAGGACAUGCAAGAACUCGUACGGAUAUUUCUGGUAUAAGAAAGGAUGUAGAAGAAGAGGAUAUGGAAAGAAAGACUAGUCGACGCUGGCCGUCAACGUUUGAGUCAAUUCGAAGUGUCUCUAGACAGGUUUCUAGAAGAAUUAUUUCUUCAUUCAGGUCACCAUCAAAUAUGUUUACAACAGAAAAAAGUACCUCAACUGAAAAUCCUGCAUUAUAUGAAAUGCAGCACAGGGAAUCGGGUGAGAGCAAGAUGAAACCAGCUGCUCGUCAUCGAAGGUUCGAUUCUUUGUCGAUGAAAGCUUGGUCAUGGAAGUCUAAAACGAAAUCAAAGAAUUCUUCUUCUAAUUCUACCGAAAAUCCGGCGAAACAUACAUCUUUAUUUCCCGAAUCCAUUUCAGACUUGAAGAAGACUCGUUCUUCUGUAGUCGUCCCGUCUGAUUUGACUCCAAUGGGUUCUGAAGACACUACUACAAACAAAGAAAAGAUAACUGACAAUGGUGAGAAAGAAUUGCAACCAGGAGACUCUGAACAAAAAGGAAAUCCAUUAGACGACAUGGACUGGGAACAAAUAUCCCUUUCAGGGAAUAAUCCGAGCGAUGCCAAUAAUAGGAAAAGUCCUGAUCUUCUUCGGUUCGCAGACUCUUUGACUAAUGACUGGGAUGAAGAUUUCCAAGUUGAUUCUAGCUUCGCCUUAAAUAUACCUGAAAGCGUUAACAAAACAGGUGUGGCAGUGCAAGAACAAUUAUGCAGUAUUAAAAAUUUUAAACAUGAUAUGCAGGGCUUAGAGCUUUUGUUUCAGAAAGCAAAACAACAUCACAACUUUUUAAGUAUGGAGCCGUCAAUAUUAGAAGAUACGGAAGCCAUUAUUAGUCUAGCUGAUCCCUUACAGACUCAUCACGAGUCUGAUAUUUCGCUAGCUACGGACAAGACAACUCAAAGAUUGUUUUCGAAGCUAAAUAUUCCGAUAGAAAAUACUAGUUAUGUUGAGCUAGAUGCAUCCGUUUUACCAAAGUUAAUUCAGCAUGUUGAAUACUUGCAGUCUCAGUUGAAAUUGCUCUUAUAUUCAUAAGGCAUUGGCACCUUCUCUUCUUCUUGCACAUUACUGUCUAUUAAGCUAUCUUUAUUCACAACUGGUUUGAAUCUGUUUUCUUUUCCAGUCCCUCAUUCUCCUUAAUGAUUUUCAAGGACGUGAAUGUACAUGUCCAUACUUUCCUUUGACGAAACCUUUAACUUGUUCUUUGUAUUCUUCGUGUAAUAUUACACAUUUCAGGGAAGGAUAUACGUUUGGUUUCUUGUAUAGUACUUACUGUAAUACUUCAAUCAAUAAACACUCGUUCGAUAUCUUGUUCAGCGCGUUCUCUUUUAUUGUUUUCAAAUUAUUAAUCUUUCUAGAAUAAAUCUUCUUAUAGACUACUAAGCUUGUCUUUUUAAUAUACUUUGUAUUGGAUCACCUAAGGGAGCCCAUCUUCCUAAUUGUUGCCAUAUGCACCGACGUUCAGCACAUAUCUGGGUUUAAUUAAAUUCUAUAUUUAAACAGCCAGACGCUAUAACAAUUCAAGAAAUAAAGACUUUUUAAUUAAUUGCAGUAAAAU